AUGUCCCCGAUGUCCUCAUUAGCCAUGUCCCCGAUGUCCUCAUUAGCCAUGUCCCUGAUGUCCUCAUUAACCAUGUCCCUGAUGUCCUCACUAACCAUGUCCCUGAUGUCCUCACUAACCAUGUCCCUGAUGUCCUCAUUAACCAUGUCCCUGAUGUGCUGUGUCCUGCAGGUGAAGCUGAACAAGCUGGCGUUUCUGAACCAGUUCCACUUCAGUGUGUUCUAUGCCUACGUCAAGCUGAAGGAGCAGGAGUGUAGGAACAUCGUGUGGAUCGCUGAGUGCAUCGCCCAGAGGCACCGCGCCAAGAUCGACAACUACAUCCCCAUCUUCUGA